GCUGAGUGAGCACUCCUUAAGUGGAUCUGCCUUAAUCCUCUUUCCUUUAUCCUCUAGGGAGGAUGAGCUGGUGUUAAGACUAAUGCAGCGGCUAAUCCUAUUGCCGCCAGCCAUGAUCCCCAGGGAGUCACUAAGGGGAGUGGGUACUGGGCUCUGGACCAAGAAGUAGGGGACCUCAGCUAGAGCUGGGGACCAUGCCUGGGAGGCUGCUCCCCACCAGGAAACACCCAUGGGUUAGGAACCAGAAAGAGGCCUCUGCCAGCAGUGGCUCAGGCCACUUCACCAGCUCUAUGGGAACUGGCCAACAGAUUCCAGAGCUGAGGGUGGACCAAGAUUCCUGUCUGGGGUGGAGUCCCAGCUGCACAAGGCAGGAUUCUGGGUGAACAGUUGCUAUCUCCCAGAGCUAACUCAACAGACAGGAAAGUCAAUACUUAGAUGCUAGGGACCUUUAGCUUCCAGACAGAGCCAAGCACAUGAAGCCCACACCUAGGAGUCCUCUAUGUCUGCAGCCUCGCAGGGACCCUGCGAGGUGAGAUGCUGAGAUGGAAGGAACCUAGGCCUUCUGGGAAUAGCCGCGGCUUUUGAAAAAUCUGAGAGCUUGGGGGAGUUUGGUAACCCCAACCCCUCUGAUGUCAGCUGGCCCCAGUGCUUUCAUCAGUGAACAAAUCAGAUGAGCACAGUGGGGGAGGCAGGAUGGAGUUGGGGCCCCUGGUGGGUGCUGCUGCAGUCUAGAGGGGCAGUGCAGAUGAGAUGUGUUCUUUGGGUGACCCUGAAAGAGUGAGAAGGCGUGAAGGGAUGUGGCUUCCAGCUGACUUUCCUUCUCUUGCAGAGAAGCCUUGCCCACCAAGGUCAUGGAGGCAGAGGUGGCAGAGGCGGCUGAGGCGCGGUCUCCAACCCUGGGCUACAGGCGUGCAGGUCGUCGAUACAAGUGCCUGUCCUGCACCAAGACAUUUCCAAAUGCUCCUAGGGCAGCGCGCCAUGCUGCCACGCACGGGCCUGCAGACGAUGCAGAGGAGGCUGCCGAGGUGAAGCCAAAGCCAGAAACAGAACCCAAGGCCGAGGAAGCCAGCGGGGACAAGGUGUCAGGCUCAGCGGCUAAGCCUCGACCCUAUGCGUGCCCACUGUGUCCUAAAGCUUAUAAGACAGCCCCUGAGCUGCGCAGCCACGGGCGCAGCCACACAGGUGAGAAGCCCUUCCCGUGCCCCGAGUGUGGCCGCCGCUUCAUGCAGCCCGUGUGCCUGCGCGUGCACCUGGCCUCACAUGCUGGCGAGCUGCCCUUCCGCUGUGCGCACUGCCCCAAGGCCUAUGGAGCACUCUCUAAGCUCAAGAUCCACCAGCGUGGCCACACGGGCGAGCGACCCUACACCUGCGCUGACUGCGGCAAGAGCUUCGCUGACCCCUCAGUGUUCCGCAAGCAUCGGCGCACACAUGCCGGCCUGAGGCCCUACAGCUGCGAACGCUGUGGCAAAGCCUACGCCGAGCUCAAGGACCUGCGCAACCACGAGAGGUCUCACACUGGUGAGCGCCCGUUCCUGUGCUCCGAGUGCGGGAAGAGCUUCUCCCGCUCAUCCUCGCUCACCUGCCACCAGCGCAUCCAUGCUGCGCAUAAGCCCUAUCGCUGCCCGGCCUGCGGCAAGGGCUUCACACAGCUCAGUUCCUACCAGAGCCAUGAGCGCACACACUCGGGGGAGAAGCCCUUCCUGUGCCCGCGCUGUGGCCGCAUGUUCUCUGACCCCUCAAGCUUCCGGCGCCACCAGCGCGCACACGAGGGCGUGAAGCCAUACCGCUGCGAGAAGUGUGGCAAGGACUUCCGGCAGCCUGCAGACCUGGCCAUGCACCGGCGUGUACACACGGGCGAUCGGCCCUUUAAGUGCCUGCAGUGCGACAAGACGUUCGUCGCAUCUUGGGACCUCAAGCGGCAUGCACUGGUGCACUCGGGCCAGCGGCCCUUCCGCUGCGAGGAAUGCGGGCGGGCCUUUGCCGAGCGUGCCAGCCUUACCAAGCACAGCCGCGUGCACUCCGGGGAGCGGCCCUUCCACUGUAACGCCUGCGGAAAGUCCUUCGUGGUGUCGUCGAGCCUGAGGAAGCACGAGCGGACCCAUCGCAGCAGCGAGGCGGCAGCAGCAGCGGCCCCACCACAGGAGCUGGUGGUGGGGCUGGCACUGCCCAUGGCCGUAGCGGGUGAGGGCCCUACCGCCCCUGCCCCAGCUGCGGGGAUAGCGGAGCCUCCGGCUGGGCUGCUAGAGCUGCCCCCAGAGUCAGGAGGUGUGAUGGCCACACAGUGGCAAGUGGUGGGCAUGACAGUGGAGCAGGUGGAGCAAGUGGGAUGCCCAGAUGGCGGAGUCGGGGAGGCCCCGGGUCCCUUAGGAGGGUCCUGUGAGGCAGGGGGUGAAGAGGCUGAGGAGAAGCCACCACAGUUCACAUGCCGUGAGUGCAAGGAGACCUUCGUGACGCUGACGCUGCUGCGGCGGCAUGAGCGCUCCCACCCGGAGCUGCGGCCCUUCCCCUGCAGCCAGUGCGGCAAGAGCUUCUCCGACCGGGCUGGGCUGCGUAAGCACAGCCGCACACACAGCUCCGUGCGCCCCUACACCUGCCCCCACUGCCCCAAGGCCUUCCUGAGCGCCAGUGACCUGCGCAAGCAUGAACGUACCCACCCUGUGCCCACUGAGACCCCUGCACCCUUAGAGCCCCUGGUGGCCUUGCUGGGAAUGCCUGAGGAGGGGCCAGCCUGAAGUGCAUGGACCUCUUUGUCCACCACGCUCCCAGGAGCCCAGCCCCACAGGGUGCCUCCACUCUCUUUGUGCCCCCAGGCAGACAGCCCACCUGUGCUACUAUGGAGGGACCUAGUGGAAGCUGGCAGCCACAGCGCUCUCCUGGCCUCAUCAUUAAAGCUUUCUCUGGACACCCGCUAGUCUCCUGUAUCCCGGUUGAGGGUGAGCAGGUGGGAAAUCUGGGCAUCAGGUGAGUUUCUUAGCGAUGCCUGGACUGGCAGAAAGUACAUACAGUGUCUGGGGAAUGUCUUGUAACAGGGGUUCCAUGGCCCAAGUGCAGAUUACCUGUGUCCUUCUUGGGGACCCUGCAGUGAACAGACUGAUUUAGCUGUGUACAGCCCAGUCUUAGCUGACCAUGGAAACCACUUGACUGAGUAGUUCUGCUCCUAUCCUUAUCCUGGUCGUGCACGCUGCCACAAGAAACCAGAAAAUAUACUCCAAGGAAAAGGUUCCCAGUCAGAACACAACUACGCAGGAAUACACCUUGUAAGAAAUGUGUCGAUUGUAUGUGAAAGAAAAUGGAGUAUCAGAGAUACCUUGCCUGAAAUAUAAGGGAGACCUGAGCUGGAAGAUAUAUCAGUUGAAGAUCCAGGACUCCAAGAUCCAAAGUUCAUAUGCAGUGCAUAUUUUUAAAACCAGAUGUGAUGCUUCGUUUGAUAUCCUAUGUCCACAAACAUUUAUGCCUUGACAUGGAAACAGGAGUGUUACAAACCAACGAUGUGAGAGGGGUCUGAACAGCCCUGGAUACUUACGAUAAGAAUAGUCAUCUUCAUCCGUGGGACGUAAUAGACUUUUAAAAUAGCAUUCCCUGGAAAGCUACACAGCUAUCUAAAGUGAUUUUUCAAAGAUGAACCAAAAAUGAAAACAGAAAAACUGAGGCUCUCCACUUAGUGUAAAUUGACACAGCUUCUUGGAAGGAUUAUUUGAUGAUACUUUCCAUGUAGCAGCCUUUUGACAAAGCUGAAGCCAGAAUAAGGUCAAGUACAGCAAACUUGGGGUGACAAAGAAAUAACGUCCAUUAGGAGAGGACUGACUAAAACAGACCAGCCACUGUGAAGUGUACUCUGCAGCCACUUCUUUUUUUAAUAAGGCCUAUCUCUGUUGAAAAUGUCAAAAAGAAAAAUAUACCAACAAGGGACAAAGCUAUGUGGAUUAGUAAGCUUCCCCUGGAACCAAAUCACUCAAGUUUUCAAGUUCCUGUGGGGUAUUUCUAGAAUAUUCAAGAGCUGAACCUAGGCUAUAAUUGCUAUAAUUUUCCAACUACUUGGCUUUCGCCUAAGCCAAAACUAAACCGAAGGUUAGCGGUCCAGAAUCUCUGUUCCUGUCAGCACAUGGGAGCCACUGGCUUGGCCGUAGCAGGAAGUGUCCAACACAUGUCCAACCUCCAGCCCCACACACCAGUCAUGGAGAACACUGCAUCAUAGACCAGAACUCGGUGGUCAGCACCAGCAGCC